GCUACCAACACACAUUCAACACGAAUUUUAUCGUCUUAUACAUUCUUGAGUCAUUUCAGUGAAUGGAAAGGUUUCCAAAUAAGUGUAGUGUACUUCAGUGUUUUGGAAUGUCAUCAAAUUGACGCGGAACUACAUCCAGUUUCCAAACUGAAAAUGGUUACAGAUAGCAGAGAUAUAUUGUAUCAAAACUUGUCAGAAAGAACUUUUUAUUAAUAAUAUAUUAACAACGACCCUCAAACCGGAGUCAGCACUCAGUCUACUUGGUCUUCGCCACUAAGAUCUGUGUACAAAGUAUUCACUUCAGUUUAUAUGGAACUAUUUUUGAAGAUGUCAAGAAUUACUCAGAAACUGUGCAAAUGAAUGAGACAAGAGCCGGCGAGGGCUGAUAAAUGGCUGGCAGUCAAUGGAAGCAGUUUUGCAGAGCUCUGCAGAGAAAGAAAGUCUUCGAAUCUGACCAGCUAGAGGGCGGUAACUUGAAGAGAUGCCUGUCUGUGUGGGACCUGACAUCGUUGGGCGUGGGCAGCACACUAGGUGUGGGGGUCUACGUACUGGUGGGCUACGUAGCACUGCGUCUCGCCGGACCUUCCAUCAUCAUAUCGUUUCUCAUUGCAGCCAUCGCUUCCUUGUUCGCCGGUUUGUGCUACGCGGAGUUUGGCGCGCGCGUGCCUCGUGCAGGCUCGGCGUACAUCUACACGUACGUGACGGUGGGAGAGUUCGUCGCCUUCAUCAUCGGCUGGAACAUGAUACUCGAGGCUGUCUUCGGCACUGCCAGCGUGGCUAAGGGUCUCAGCGUGUAUGUGGACGCGAUGCUUGACAAGCGUAUGUCGAGUGCGUUCAUCUCUGUGGCACCGCUCUCCAUCUCACCCUGGUCCGAAUACUUUGACUUCUUCGCACUGGCUGUCGUCCUGGUCUUAGGUGUGUUGUUGGCGGUGGGUGUUCGUGAGAGCUGUUUGGUGAACAACGUGCUGUCCUUAAUCAACGUUGUGGUAAUAUUGUUCGUAGUGUGCGCCGGAGCAAUUAAAGCGAACCCCACUAACUGGGAUAUCCCGGCGUCGCAAGUGCCAGAGAACUACGGCAGCGGUGGGUUCUUUCCUUACGGAGUGUGGGGCACUCUGAAGGGUGCGGCGGUAUGUUUCUACGGCUUCGUCGGCUUCGAUACCAUCAGCUCCACCGGUGAAGAGGUGAGGGAUCCACGACGUGCAAUACCCAUUUCGAUCCUGGCCGUACUCGCUAUCGCCUUCCUCUCGUACGCCAGCGUGUCUACUGUCAUCACCAUGAUGGUGCCCUAUUACCUGCAGGAUGUAUCUGCUACUGUGGCUAGUGCAUUUGUUCACGUAGGCUGGGAAUGGGCGCGCUGGCUGGUAUUCACCGGUGCGGUCUGUGGCAUGUCCGCGAGUCUGUUUGGUGGUUUGUUACCCAUGCCACGGUUGCUGUACGCCAUGGCAUCUGAUGGUCUGCUGGUGCGCUGGCUAGGAAGAGUCAGCACCGGUAACAAAUCUCCAACUAUCGCGACCAUAUUAUCAACUAUUGUUAUUGCUGUACUGUCUGCGGUUGUGGAACUGAACGAGCUGGUGAGGAUGAUGUGUGUUGGUACCCUGGUGUGCUACACUAUCGUGGCUUCUUGCAUCAUAUUACUCAGGUAUCGUUCAGAUCACUUGUUGUCUGAUGAUGGAAAUAUUCUGAAACAAAUAUUUGAUGUUAGCAGAAAAUCACCCACAAAGACUUCUUUGACUUUUAUUAGAAUUGCAUUGAUCUUAUUUAUCUUAACGUGCUUGUGCCUGGCGCUGGUCGUAAAUCACGUGCAGAGGUGGCUGGUCCCGACGGCGCUGCUCCACGCGGCUGCCGUGCUGCUCAUGCUGCUCAUGGCGCUACAGCCCCAGAACCACGAGGAGUUGUCUUUCAAGACCCCAUUGGUGCCACUGAUUCCAUGCUUAAGUAUUUACGUCAAUAUCAAUCUUAUGAUACUCAUCAACAUCCAAACCUGGAUCCGGGUGCUUAUUUGGAUUGCAAUAGGUCUACCAGUGUAUUUCAUAAGCCUUUGUUGUUAUAAGCGUUUGGGUGACGAUAAUAGCACACAUGCAAACAAAAAUGGAAAACCUCCUGUUCAAAUAUUUGUCGAACAGCCUACACCUCCAAAUACUAUUAAAGUUGGCAAUAAAGGAGGCACGAAAAUCAGAGAUGGCGUUGAGCAAAUAAAUAUGACCGCAAUGGUUUCAAACGGCAAAGGUAAUGUUAUGAGAAAUCAUACUUUAAUUACUGAAGAUAUAAUAGUACAGCAAGCGUACGUAGAAGAUAAUGAAGAAAAAGAAGCAAAGAUAAUUGAUCUAUUAGAUCAAGUAAUACAGGCCGAAGAAGAUUCUUAUGGGGAAAUAAUCAGCUUAAAAGAUAUGAAACAAGAUGAUGAAAUAGAAAGAGCUACAAUUGAGGGUAGAAAAUCUUUAAGUGAAUUAUCGGACGCAGGAUCAGAUGCAUCCGUUGGUAAUCAGGUGUUAUCUAAAUAUGAUGUAAUUGCUCAAGUGCAUAGAGAAGACUUGCCGAAGCUUGAUGAAGAAGAAGAAAAAUGUGAUCUUGAAAACGAAGAUAAUAUAAGUAACCUUAGUGAUGAUAUAAAUAUUAACGAAGAUAAUAAUUCAAGAACUGACGAGUCCGGGUAUUCUGAUACAUUAGAUAAAACUCCAAUCUACGAACCGGAAGAAGAACCAAACCAAGAGAUAAUAAAUAUACCAGUGCCACCACCACUAGAUGAAAAUUUUUUUGCUAGUCCGACGUUUAUAAAAUCUCAUACAAUUUCAGUUCGACCUCCCAAGCCCAGAAACAAAGAGCCGGAAGAGGAAUUAAAACCUCGUGAGAGUAUAAAAUCAAAUGGUUCUAAUGAUGACGGACAUAUGAUAUUUGGCAGCGACAAACAAGUAAAUUUUAUGUCCAAACUGAACAACAUAUUUCAAAACAAAAUGUUAACACCAAACAAAGAAGACAUUGACGAGAAGAAGGCUCGUUCACUGUCAACAGGCAAUGUCAUAGACACGUCACAAUUAGCUAUGGACCGUGAACGAUCACAGCUCUUUUUAGAACUCAAAAAAGUAAUUACUUCACCGAGAAAUACCCAAAACUUGCGGCCGAUCAUUGCUGUAGAUAACAGUAAUUCCGAUGGAGAAGAUGAGAUUAGUAUGAGCAGAGAAGACUUAAAGUCCAAGUUGGAGAAUAUAUUUUCAAUAGGUGGGCCUCAACUUCUGAAAACAAGACUUAUGAAAUCCAACCCUCCAACUCCUGAAGAAGCUUAUCAGACAGAUAGCUCAAGUACUGACAGUAUACCAAAGCUACCGAAAAUGGAGAAAAACGAUACGUUAAAGCGCCAAAAAGAUAAAUUUGGAGAAGUGUUAAACUCGUUUAGAUUAACACUCAAAGAUGACCAAGUAUGAAUGUAAUAUGUUUGGUUAUAACUAUGGUGCGCCUAGUCCUAUUUGUAAGUAAGUGCCUUAUUUAUAAAACUAAUAAAUAAAUACUUAAAAAUGAACGAAUUGUAUAUAAGUGGUUAGUUCUAAUAAACGCAAACAUAUUCCUGAAAGACUGAAGUGUCGCAAUUAUUGAGGAUGGAUGUUUUGCCGAGUUUAUAAUGUUAUUUUGUGAAUUAAAAUAUGAAUUUAACGAAA